AUGAACAGACUCGGCCCGGAAAAAUGGAUCGACGAUGUCAUCAUGUUUGUAUUUGGCUGCCGGCUUGUGAGCGACAACGUCGGUUUCAUUGACAGCCUGACCAUCUCGAGUUUAACGAGGACGAAACGUGCGCGGCUCAACCUGCAACAGGCCAUGCGCAAAGACACAGUCCUCAUGUUCUACAACCAGAACAACCAUCACUGGAUUCUCUUUGUGUAUACGCGCCGAGAUAGCACGCUGCGCGAAUACAACUCCUUGCCAUCGGCCUCUCCACACUCUUGCACCGGGAAUGAGGAGGUCCCUAACUUCUUGCGGUGGGCCACCAACGAUCGAAAUCUCCGCAUCCGCUUCCAAAAACCAAAGUGUGCUGAACAACCGAAUGGUUUCGACUGCGGUAUCUACGUCUUGGUAUUUGCCGACUGUAUUGCCAAGGGCGCCAAGCUACCAACCGCGGUCGACGGCCCCUCCUACCGCAAAUACCUCCAAUCAUCCCUCUUUUUGUCGGUGCACGCUGCCCUGCGCCUGGAUGAAUUGGUUGCCGUAGGCAAAUACAUCCCGCACACGACAAGCGAGCGGGCUGCGCAACUCAAAGACCUGGCAAAAAGGCGCAGACUUUUGAUGGAAUUAGGCAAAGACUACGAGAAGACUUCAGAUACCUCAUGCCAAACGCAUGUGCAACUACUUUGGCGUCGAGACCGGCACCAAACACACCAGUCCAUCCUGGCAGGCUUGAUCCAUUGUAUUCGCAACACGCACCAAGCUGCACUCGACGCGGCGCUCGCCUCUAAAUCCAAAGUCGAGAGCGAUGCCGAGACAGGCGUCCGAGGCGGAAGAAUGGAUGGACCGAGGACCAUGUGCAGCAAUGCAACGCUCACCAUCGAAGAACACCCAAUCGAAGGAUUUCUCGGUUCUCUGUCGCAGGAGACGUGUCGACAGACGACUAGAAAUUAG